CCCUUGACAACAACACCUGUUUUAUUAUAUAUACAUAUCAGCGUCUGCCUUUACUUUUCAAGCAAGACAUUUCCAUAACAUUUUCAUAUUCUGCUUGCACACAGUUCUAUAGUGCACUGUUUUAUUACAUCCCCCUUCUAAAUUUAGAAUUCCAUCCCUUGUUACAGCAAACUAGACGAAUAUGGAUGCAUCACCACUAGCGCAGUUUCUUCAAACGCGUGAUGAUAACGGGUGUAUUCAGUGUCCGCCCUCAGUUGGUGUGUGCCCUACGUGUCCCAAAGGGCAAUCAUGUCAACUAAAAUCACCCACAUGCACCCAAUGUGCAGAGUACUACUGUGCAGAUCUAGGAGAGUCUGAUUCCAGCAAACUACCUAUUGGUGGUAUAGUAGGUGGUGUCAUUGGUGGUGUGUUGUUUUUUGGUUUGAUCGGGGCACUAGUCUACUAUUAUUACUUUAUAUAUCAAAAGAAAGUGAGACUCAUGUUGGAAGAAGACAAUUUCGACUUGAUGGAUGACGAUUUGAGCCAGGAGUUUGCCGAGUCGUUGAAAUACGAAGAUGAGCUACAACGAGGUCCGCUGUUGAAUAGCGGUAGCGGUGCCAGCAAUGAAACUGCUGCUGGAGCAGUUGGCGGGGUUGCCGGGGUCGCCGGGGUCGCCGGUGCUGCCGCUGUAAGACCAUUGGAGCGACCUGUGAGGCCACGAAGAGCUGGUCAAAAGAGAUUGUCGGCAUACGAAUCAUUCACGAAACCAACAGCAAUCAAGAGUAAGCAGCAACAGUUGGAAGCUCGACAAAGACGGUUAAGACAACAGCAGAUUGUUCAGCAGGCUAAUAAACAGUUGAAGCAACAGCAGAACCAGCACCAGCAACAACAGCCGCCACCACAACAUACUGACAUUUAUCUCGAUUUGGCGUCGUCUAAUCGUAACUCCAUCGCCACCACAAUCUCAUCCACAAACGCAUCGAAUAUUUUACCGAUUGCUUAUAUUCCUGGUGUCACUGUGCGUCCUACCAAGAACAACACAAGGUCUAUUUAUUCCUAUGAGACCGAUUCGAUAUUCUCCGAUUUGAAUACAAUUGAAAACGCCUCGAUUAUUGGUGAUGUCAUUCACGCCAACCAAACCAUCAUUCCUGAACAACAACCGGCUACUAGCAUUACGCAACCAGGUACCAUGACGGCCAUCAAAGCACAACCAAGAUUAGUUAAUGUCGACAGGAUUGAAGAAAAAGAUGAAGAUGUCACUGAUGAAGAAGACAACAACUCCAUUCAAGAAGAGGGCACAGAAAACUUCAACAUCUCCAACAAGUUCAGAAUUGUUGAAGACCCCACUGAAGAUGAGGGAGACUCCGAUGUUGAUUCGGAUAUCAUUGAAAUCAACCGGGCCACCUCGGUGAAGACCCAGAAACGUCCAUCACUAGUUAAUGUCAAGCCUUAUACUUCUGAGAAUGAAAUCUUGAUUGAUUUGGCCACGAAUCAUCCGGCCCCAAGCAUACCGUUACAAUACCUUGAUGAUGAUGGCAAGGAUGCUGAGUCGACCAUAGGGUCGUUUGUGUUGGAUGUUCAAGUUGACCAUGGUGAUUUUGAAGAGACUAUGAGGAGUCCAUUUGAAGAUCCUAGAUAAGUUGUAUAUUUUUGUAAUUAUAUAUAUGUAUGGGGUUAUCUGAAGUUUAUUGUAGAAUUUUUGCAGCACUUUUCUUGACUUGAAUAGCAACCAAUAAACAAUAGAUACGG